AUGUCUCACCGUAAAGCCAAGAAGGCCACUAUCAACAAAUCCAAUGCUUCCGCCGCUGUGGCGAAGCGUGCGCUGGAGAAGAAAGCCGAGCGUGAGGAGAUGCUUCGGUGGUUAGAACGGAAUGACCCUUUGUAUGAAGGUUCCGUGGUCCCACCCAUCACCAUCAGCGAGUUGCUCUCGGAGAAACUCAGCCACAGGACGUUUACAAUGAAUGACAAGGGUGAAGUGCCAUACGAUUGGUCCAAGUUACGCGCUGCGCUAGAGGGGAGGAACCCAGAAAGCCCGCGUUGGUUUAUGCAAUUACGCGAGGAAGACCUCCUGUUCGAAGAUGUUUUGGACGGCGUGACUGUGGACUGUGUUGUUAUAGCUGAGGCUAGUGUGCCGACACUUGCCCCAGCGCACUACAUUGUGAAGAUGCAUAUGCCUUUCAGUGAUCCGGAGGACAAUGCCCCGGAAUGCAUUUUCCCCAUCGAAGGGCAAGACAUGUGCUGGCGUAGUGUGGUGCGUGAUAACAGAGGUGAUAUUAACGCCUACUUAUUACAAAAGCGAGAGACGAAAUGUUACAGAAAAUACAGUUUUGGCUUUGGAGCUAUAGGAGACUUUAACAUCACCGUGCCUAAGAGUAACACAUAUAAACCAGCUUUUACGGGUGGUUUUGGCUUUGGUGCCACGUCAGCAUCAUACAGCAAUUUAACACCCAGUUUUGGUUUUGGCUUUGGUGCCACGUCAGCAUCAUACAGCAAUUUAACACCCAGUUUUGGUUUUGGCGCUUCAAUACAUGAAAAAGGGUUUUCGGUACUCCCAAACACCGCCUCAUUUGACGAAUUUGGUUCAAAGUCACCGUUGAAAGCGACCCCGCUAAAGACGAGCGAGGUUUUGUUUGCACUUUGGUCAAAAAAGCGUCUCUCUGACAUGGCGAGGUCCCUUAAAUCAGGUAGCCGCAUCCUGAGAGAGAAUUUUAAACCGAGUUCCUCGGCCCCAGAAAUAAGGCUUGUGAUGCAGAAUGACCUCAAGGACGAUGUUUCUAAGACGGUGAAGCAGCUGAUUCUUAACAAAAUGUUUGCCAAGCGCUCUGACAAAGUUAUGGGGGUUGAUCAGUGGAUAGAAAAGUGCCCCGUGUACGAUGAACACUUGACAGCCGCCUUGCAGAAGUUUCGUGCCCAUUACGUGCAAAAGGUUGCAGAAGACUCUGAUGUGUUUCAAGCUUUAUACAAUGAGUGCCAUGAAUCGAUGGAGAAGGAAUUGAAUCGCAUCGUGGAGUUGCGCAAGGCGGUGGUGCAGCAGCAGUUACGUUGCAUCGAGGGGAUUAUGGAGCAGCUGAAGGAGGGCAAGAUGGCGGAGAAGAAGACAUUCCGGCUUUUGAAGUAUUAUCCUGCGAAUGAUGUCAUGCGAUUUCGCCCGUUUGGAAAAGUGAGCGGCAUUUCAGAAAUGGGUGAGAGCGCGGACGUGUGCGAGCCGCCAGCGCCUGUUCUUGUUAACCCCUUCAAUACCGCACAUUCCGCCAAUUCUCCGUGA